AACAGGGUAGAUGGCAGAAAUGGCUUCCGCAGGUCCGAGCAGGUGAGGUGACGUCAGUCUCCAGCGCGCGCGUGUGUUUGUUUUGAUGGGGAAGUGAAACGAUUGAACUUCUCGAUGUGGAAGCGCCGCCAUUUAACACGGAACGUGGAGAAAAGAGCGAUGGUGUCAGUCAUAUCAUGACAUGUUUAAACUCGAGACUGUACUGAUAAAGCAGGUGUAGCGAUGGCCUUCUGCUUUCCUCCGCUCGUGAUCCGUGAUGACAGUCUGAGGUGUUUUGUGAAGAUCGGAGCCGGCGGCUUCGGACAGAUCUACCGGGCGAAGCACACGAAAUGGGGCAUGGACGUGGCCAUAAAACUGCUUUAUAAAGACGGGUCUACAUCCUCCAUUCAGAGAGAGGCAAAUCUGAUGUUCCAGGGUGGGAAUCCCAACGUCAUCCGUAUUUUUGGCCUGUACGAGGGCUGUGUGGGCGAGCCGCAGCUGCCGCUUCAGUCCGGGCUGGUGAUGGAGCUCAUGCCGAAGGGCUCGGUGGCCGGACUGCUGCAGACGCUGGCCGCGCCUCCUCCGUGGCCCCUCGCCUUCCGCAUGGCUCAUCAGAUCGGCCUGGGAAUGAACUUCCUCCAUCACCUGAGUCCUCCGCUGCUGCACCUGGACCUGAAGCCCAGCAACGUGCUGCUGAACGACAGCCUCGAUGCCAAGAUCACAGAUUUCGGCUUGUCUCGAGUGGCUCGAAGCGUUUCUAAGGGUGCGAGAGAGAAAGAUGAGGACGAGGGAGGGACGCUGAGCUACAUGCCGCCGGAAGCGCUGCAGGAUGUCAAUUACAAAGCCAGCAGAGCCUCCGAUGUUUACAGCUACGGUGUCCUGCUGUGGUCCAUCAUCACUGGAAAGGAGCCGUACGACGGUAAGGCGUCCAGUCUGGUGCGGUUUUGUAUCCCUCGCGGUGACAGACCUGAUGUGACUCUGAUCGACUGCAGUCAGACUGAAGGUCUGGAGGAUCUGCUGAAGCUCAUGAGGUGCUGCUGGGAUCAGGACGCCAGCAAAAGACCAACGUUCCUCGACUGUGUUAAUGUGACGGAGAAGAUCUUCGAGCUGCACCAGCGUGGACUCAGUGACGCCGUCCGGGACGUGCUCAAGCAGCUGGAAGGUGACAUCUGCUCCAGUCUGAGAUCAGUCCAGAUCUCCCGUAAACCACAGAACGAAGUACGUCCUCCGGUUCUGUCCUGCGUCACUGGAUCGCUUCCUAAACAGGAGACCGCAGCCGGUUACACAAACACCGUAAAGAAAGAACCGUCUCCUCGUCCAGCUGCUAUGACUCCUCCCAGAACAACACAGCGUCAGACGUCCACACCAGGCGGCGUCUACAUCAACAUGUCCAACGUCGUCGGAGUUCAGCUCGGCAACAACAACUACAUGAAUAUUGUUCAGAAGACCCGGCAGAGGCACCGGACGGCUCCAUCUAGUGUCAACACAUCCGAGAGCACUCAGAAGAAGCCAUAAAGACAUUGUGACGCUCCAGUCAGUUCUCUUCAUCAGCUGUGAUGUGUCUGAGAUGUGGCCAAACUAUAACUGUGAGGCGAAGUGAAGUGGUUUCACUUCAAAAUCAAAAGAAAGAAAUUAUAUUUUGCAUGCAAAAAAAUUAUUAUUAUUUUUUUUUGCAUUGACGUUAUAUUUUAAACCUCCCUCAUCCGAUUAUGUAAAUUUAUAUAUAUA